CGAACGCAACCAUGUCCGGUAGCAGGUACUAUGGCGGAGGCGACUCCAACUACGGCGGCGACAGCUACAACAGAUACGAGUCCCCCCGCGACUACGACGACUUCGAUGACGACAGGUACCCCCGCGGAAGCACGCGCCCCGUCCGCGAGUGCGACGGCCUCUUCCCCCCCUGCCACGACUGCCCCCGCGUCGCAGCGGCCCGCGAGCGUGCGCGCGCGCUGCAGCUGCAGCAGCAGGAGCGCGACGUGUCGCCUGUGCGGAUGAGCCAGCCCCCCGUCGAGCAGCGCUACUACGCGCAGCAGCGCUACCUCGACGAGCGCGGCGUGCAGCACACGCUGCAGAUGCAGUACACGCGGUCUGGGCCCGGCACUGGCACUGGCACCGGCACUGCCGAGCAGCGCGGGCGGUACGCCGAGACUUCGCGGGAGCGCGAGAGCGUGCGCUACCCCGCCGAGCCGUCGCGCACCAGCAACCUCCUCAUGCCCCGCGACGCCUCUCCACCCUACACCUCCGCGCGCUCCUCCUCCUCCGGAGGCGUCUCGGCGCGCCCCUCCUCCCUCUGGGAGCCCGCCCCCUCCGCCCGUACUGCACCCCCGAGUCGGUUCCUGCUUGAAGCGCCGCAGCCGCCGGACACGCAGCGCCUAGCGCAGGACGCGGGCGGCUGGGCGGCGGGGGAAAGGGUGCCGCAGUUUGCGCGCCGCAGCCGUGAUUACGGUUCAAGGGGUGCUGGGGAUAUGGAGGAUUUGUACUGCGGAGGGUCGAGGCGGUUCUUUUAGCUGAGGGGUGUGUGCGGCUGUUCUUCGCCGGCUGCUGAGUGCUGACUGACGGAGCUGUUGAGAGCUUGGUGCGGUAGGUAAGUAUGUGUGCUUUUGAGGGGUCUGGUGUCCUUUCUUUCUUCCCCUCCUUCUUUCCUUUGGGUUCUUUCUUUCCUUUACUAAAUUCCUUAUACGGUGAAUGAGCGAGAGGAGAAGACAAAACGCAAACACAAAACACAAAAGAACGUCAAAAUCUAGCCAACGAAAAUGCGGAGGCAAAAAAUAGGGAGA